AUGAUUUCCCUCUCUGACAUCAAUUACUUGCGCCGUUGCGUGGACCUAGCCCGCGAAGCUGUCGACGCAGGCGACGCACCAUUCGGAUCAAUACUGGUAAAUGCCGCGGGCGAGAUCUUGCAAGAAGCCCGCAACAGAGUAACGACCGAAGAAGAUAUCACAUUGCACCCAGAGUUCACACUAGUCAUCUGGGCGCAGAAGCAUUUAUCACCAACAGAGCGCGCAACGACCACAGUCUAUACCUCUGGCGAGCACUGUCCAAUGUGCGCAAGUGCUCAUGCAUAUGCGGACUUGGGACGGAUAGUAUACGUCAGUUCAUCUGCUCAGCUUGUGCAAUGGAGGAGAGAGUUUGGUGUUAAAUCUGGACCUGUUGCUCCGUUACCAAUUGGUCAGGUUGCCCCUGGUCUUGUCGUUGAUGGCCCGGUGCCGGGUUUGGAUGAGGAGUUCGCUAUUGACGGUACUUGA